CUCUCCAGGUGCCAUAGUAUCUGGUAGUGGACAGUAACUGUGCUCCUGAAAGUGUAGUCAAAAGAAAAGCAAAGACCUCCCAAUCAGAAUCAUGGUGAAGGAUAAAUCAAACAGCUGCCAGAGUCAUCAGGCUGAUGAAGAGGGUGUACAUGGUGCUGGUGAUGCAGCUGAAGGACAAGUCUUAGACCCCCGUGUAUCCCCUAACCUUCAGGGACUCCUGAGAUUGGCUGUGCAACAAACUGCUCAUGAAGAUGCUCCUGGUCCUCCUUCAUCUCAAGCAAUGGAUCCUGAAAGAAGAGCAUGGUUGGCAGAAGUCCUGGACAGUGUCACAAGCAACAUUCCUGAGGAAAUGAAAAAGGCCAUUGAGAUGCUAUCAUCAGAUGCCAUAUCCAGGGCAGAAGAAGAUCCAACUGUAUGGGAGAAUGCAUUGGAUGUCCUGCUUAGUCAUGUGGAUAAUCUGGAUUAUGCCAGAGAUUUCCACAAAAUGGGUGGUUUUGUGGUGCUCCAUCCAUGCUUGAUGUCACCUCAUGCUGGUGUUCGCACAAGAGCAGCAGAAUUGAUAGGAGAACUAGCACAGAAUCACCCGUAUUGUCAGUCUGCUCUCAUGGAAACUCACCUCUUGCCAUCCCUGAUGGGUAUGGUUGACAGUGAUCCACAUGAAGAGGCUAGGCUCAAGGCUCUUUUUGCCAUUUCAAUGCUCUUGCGUGCCAUCCAAUCACCACAACCAAGACUUGCCACUAAGUCUUCAUUUCUUCUCUCAGCCCUUUGCAGGCAAAAUCCCAGCAUCAAAGAUACACUCAUUACCAUGGGUUUUGUGGAACAGCUAGUAUACCUCAUUCAAGGGGAACAUGACCACACUCAUGAACAUCUGAUGUAUGCACUUCUGGAACUCAUUAGGGAUCAUAGACAAGGCAUCACUGAAUGCCAAAAACCUCCUUUACAACUCAAAGAAGUGCUCCUCCAGCGCAUUCAUGAGAUUCAUGGAAAGGAAGAAUUCCAGGAAGAGGAGCAGUAUGCAAAGGAGUUGCUUUCACUGGCUUUCCCAAGUGGUGGUGGUCCCUCUGGUGACAGGUAAAUGUCAGCAUUGGUAACAUAACUUAAUUGCUUCAUGUAAAUGAUGUUUUUGGUGGAAUAAAGUUUUUCAUGAAACUUGAAAUA